GAUCGACAUUCUUCUUCUUUCCAUUUGUAUAGGCGCUUGUAUUUGCAAAGUAAAAAAAAUUGUGAAAGAAAAAAUGAAAAAUGUUGAAAAUUUUAAAAGUUCGAAUGCUUGUGACAUAUGCGGCAAGUGCUUUUCCAAGCCUGCUUUACUCCGUCGUCAUCUGGUCGUGCACAGCGCGGAAAAGGCGUUUCCAUGCGAAAGCUGCUGCAGUCGUUUCUCUCAAAAAAGUUCACUGCAGCGUCAUAUACGUAUCAAACACGAUGUGGCAAAAAAGUGCGACGAAUCCGACGUAGCUCAACAUGCGCUAGCAGCCCUAAAGCUGUUACAAGGCAGCCCUACGAUUAAAGAUAAUGCAAUUGUAAACCACAAUUUAGCUGCUGCUGCUUCGUUUGCUACACAAGGUACUCUAGAGGAAAAAACGUCUUGUGAUGUGGUAGAACUAAGAGACAAUCUUAAUCCAGCUGGUGAAGUCCGCGUAAUUAUCACACAGCGCAUACUACGACAGAACACCAAUAGAUGCUACUAUGUGUGUGAAUAUUGCGCUAAGGAAUUUAGCAAGAGUUACGAUCUGAUAAGGCAUCGUCGCUCACACACCAAAGAGACGCCCUAUCUAUGCGGGAUCUGUUUUAAGCGGUUUGCUAUCCAAAGCAAGCUAAAUGAGCACCACAAACGCCUACAUGCUGCUGUGAAAAAGCAUGCAUGUACUGAAUGUAUCGCCAGCUUUAGAUCCAAGACUGAGCUGCACAAGCACUUGGGUGAGGAACAUCCCAACACGGUUUAUAGCUGUGAGCACUGUAGUCGUACGUUCAAAACGAAAUCUGCCUGUGAUGCACAUACGAAACUGGAAACACACUCUCUAAAAACGAAACUAAUGGAACUAUUGCCACAGCCAGUGCUAUCACAUCGCAGCUUCAAAUGCAUCUACUGUGAAAAGAAUUUCAAACGCAAAUAUAAUUGCCGCACACACAUGUUGUUGCAUUUAAGACGUUUGAUAGAUACAAAGCAGAUGAAACAUAGUUGCCUGCAAUGUGGCAAGCACUUCAAGAGACCCAACGACCUUGCACGACAUUUGCUAACACACUCCAAGCUUAAGCUACACAUUUGUCACGUAUGUCGAAGACGUUUUACCUUAAAAUCCACACUGGCCAGACAUCUAGAGACGCAUCAGCCACAGCGGAGCAGCGUUAAUUGUCAGGUGUGCGGCAAGAGUUAUGCCUCAAAGACUUCGCUGCAGUUGCAUUUGCGUUUGCACACUGGAGAACGACCCUUCAAAUGCGAAAUUUGUGGAGAAUCCUUUCGUACGUCGGGACACAGAUUGGAGCAUAUGCGAGCUGAACGGCACAAGAGCGCAUCGUCCAAUGCACUUAUUCUUUGAUCAAGUUUCAAUAAUAUAUAAAAGUCUAUAUUUUAUAAAUACGAAUUACUAUUACAUCUA